AUGUUGCCGUACGCUAUUCGGCAGAUUGUGUGGAUGCUCACCAGCGCCCUGCAGCUAAUCUACGCGCUCAGCACAGGGGUGGUGUGGGUGAUGCAGAUGUUGCGGUUUUUCGUCUACGGCGCGUGCGUUGGGGUGUGCUUUAUCUCGCACUGGUGGUGGUACCUGACGUCGCCGAACAUUAUUCGCCGCGUGUCGUACCGCUCCUCCGAGAAGACGAAGUGGCGCAACAUCUUGCGCGUGUUGGAGGCAGAGGGUGUGGACCUGCGUGAGGCGCUGCGCAAGGACUCCAUCGCGCAAGCAACGCAGUCAUCACAGCAGAUCCAGCGACCAUCGUCCCCAGCCGCGGCGGCGCGUCGUCGACGCCGUCUAGCGACUGCCCCUGCCGCUGGGCAGCAGAAUGGAGCAUCCAGAGACUGCAGUGACAGUCUGCCGCACACGGUCGACGGUGAAGUCGAUGAUCGUUCUCUCUCACAGCUGCAUAAUCCCUCCCCCUUCUCCACUCUGCGAUGUUGGGAAGCCUCUGGCAGCGGGUAUGGCCAGCGCACGUCCCUUGGCAUCAGCAGCGAGCCUUUAGGCCGUGACUCCGACAGCUACGAUGAGGUCAGCUUCGUAUCCUCGUCUUCGCAGCACCGCCGCCGCCCAACACCAUCGCGCUCGACGCUGAUCAGACCAUGCCACGGCGGCACCGAAGCCUCCACGAGCGGCCCGCCCGGCGCCACAGCGCUUGAGCGACUGAUGGGCGCCGUCACGUGCAACCUAAACCCGGCUGACGGCUCCGCCAUGCGUAGCUUGCCGCUGCGACAGCGGCAGGAUGUCCACAGCAGCCCUUCCGUGACUGCCACGGCAGGCGCCAAGGCACACGGCAGUUCGUCAUCGAGCGGCGGAACAGAAACCCAGCCUCGCAAGCCUCGGCGUAAUGCAGCUGUCGACGAGGCUGCCGUCCUCCGCGCAGCGCCGGCGGACAGCACAGAAGAGCAGAUGAGUGGGUGCAGACUGCGCGGUAGCCCGCAGCGCAUGCAGGGGUACGAAGGUCGCCCUGUGUACUACAAGACGCUACCCAAGGUGAACCCCUCGAGCGAUCCAAUGCUGCGAGAUGUGCUUGCCGCCUUUCAGGAGGCGGAGGCGUCGGACGUGACGGUGGGGCCCUCACAACCCGGCCACCAGUCAGGGCCACAUCCGCGACGCCAGCCCGCGGGCGCAGCAGCGAGGCGGCUGCGUCGGCGAAGUGGGGCACCGCCGCCACAGUGCCGCGGGAAAGCUGCGCGCGAACCGCUUGUACAACCGCAGCGCAAGCCGCAUGCCCUCACGUUCUCCAAAGAAAACCUCUUUGCCGAACUUGACGAGGAGGACGAGGAGGAUCGCAUGAACCUGCACAACCGGGCUACCGUCGACAUCGUCCUGCCGGCGCCGUUGGACGCCAUCAUGAAGACGCUCGAGUACACCCAGCAGAGCCACCGGCUGCGCCGCAAGCGCUUUCCCAUUGUGAUCGACGUUUCGGGGGUGGUGUGGAUCAUCGGCAGCCACCUCUGGAGCACCAUGAUAGCGCGGGUGCUGGCACAGCGUGGCUACGUUGUCUUCUGCCCCGACUACCGCAACUUCCCGCAGACGACGAUGGAGGGCAUGACGCUGGACAUCUCGGACGCCAUCGCGUGGGUGCUGAACAACGCGGAGCGCUACAACGGCGACCUGAACAAUGUGACGCUGAUUGGGCAGUCCGCCGGUGCGCACCUGACAAUGAUGUCGCUGCUGUCGCAGGCGCAGCUCUCCGCGUACCGGCACAACGCCGAGAAGGGCAUCCACGAAGGCGUUCCACCGCCGUCAGACGUCGCCUACAACGUCCCUCGGUACAACCCGCGUGAGUCGAUUCACCGCUACGUCGGCCUCAGCGGUAUGUACAACAUCGAAGGUCUCGUGGAUCACUUCCAGGCCGCGGGCCUCACCACCCCGGUGCUGUACCAGAUCGCUGGCGGCCGGGACCAACUAGCGCGCUACUCCAUCCACGCCUACUUCGACGACCGCCGCGGCGGCGACACCGGCGAGGUGCUGCCGGACAACAUCUUCGACUUUUUCCCACAGCGCAUGUUCUUUGUGCACGGCGACGCGGACAAGAGCGCGCCCGUCACGGAGAGCGCGUCUCUCGUCGGAAUGAUGCGAGCGGCACAGGAACGCUACACGCUGCGGCGCAGUGCAUGCAACGAGGAGGCGCGGCGUCACGCACAACGCAGUCGUCGUCUGUUGCCGGGAGCCUUGGCUGCCGCAGCCGGUGAAGUGAAGAGCAGCAGCACGGCCACAGCAGUCGGUGGCUUCCCAAGUACAUUGACGGGAUUGCCGUCGCGGCGUGCCGUGGUGGCGGACUUCGAUGCGGCGGGCUCGGCAGAAGCCGCGACGACUACCGAACAGGCGUUUGGCGCAGCCGUGGGGUUGGCCGACAACCAGGAGAUCGUCUUCGUCCACAGUGAUGACCUUGCGGACACCGGUGCAGCACCGUACGCGGCGCAGCAGCAGCAGCAGUACUCCUACGGGGCAGGGGUGUCUCGUGUUUCGAUUCUGUCGCUGGCGACCAUCAGCCCCAUCAUCCCACCCUCACGCGAGGACCGCCCUCAGCCGCCGGUGGAGCUUGGCUUUCUCGUCAUCCCUGGCGGUCGACACUCGGACGCUUUCGUGGAUGAGUGCAUCGCGGCGGGUCGCAGCUGCUGCGUUGACUUCCUGUGCGACUACGAGUCGACGAUCGACUUCCAAGGCAGCGCCUCGGAGCCGGGCUCGCACGGGCCCAACGUCGAGGGCGCCAGUGGGAGUUCCCUCGGUGACUCGGUGUGGACCUCAUCCUUGUCGGCGGGGGACAGGGUGGCACACUUGUGGGCGCAUGCGCCAGAGAUGAACGUGAUGCCUGACGCGGUGUUGCCGCUUGCCGUGCCCUACGAAGAUCGCUCGCUGCCACUGCGACUGUGCACAGUGAUCUGUCCAUUCUAA